AUCGGCGCCACCGGGCGCUCUGACCACCGCCAGCAGGCAGAGGAUGACGUGUCUUGCUGAAAGCCACAAAGACUGAGACAGUCAGAGCAGAGGUUUUGAACCGGCAACCCAACGGUUACAGGACAAACCUCCUGAAAAUUGGCCUGUAUGGCAGAAUCUGGCAUUUUCACAUGUUGAACCUUGUUGUGAGCAUGUCGAUGAAUGUGCAUUGUCCAAUUUUAAAUAAAUAAACUCUAAACUAAAAUGAUGACCUGAUGGUCCUCUGCAUCCAUUUAUGAUCGGUGCCAUGUUUUACUAUUGUAGUCAGAGAGUGUGUCAUUUUCAUGUACAAACACUGAGGAAUCCUAAACUUGGGAUUUGAAUAUAAAGCAGACCAGGCUGCUGUGUGGGACCGGGCUCAGUUUUAUGAUGUCAGGUGAACAGUAGCUGUUGAGCUGAAAAGUCUGAGCAGAGACACUUCUUCCCUCGUCGCUCCGCCGUGAACGCAGCUUCCUCCAGCCUCCAGGAUCGUCGAGCACCAGACCCGGCAGCAUGUGCGGCAUAUUCAAAGGCUUCCAGGCCAUUUUACGUCUCCUGGAAAUCAUAUUCAGCGCCGCGGCUCUCAUCGUCGUCAUCUUCAGAGGCAGAAUGGUCGCCCCGUGGGGGGUGUGGUGCGAAUUUGUCUGGGUGUUCUGCAUCGUGGUGCCCCUGGUCCUGAUUGUGGUGGAGUGCAAAAAGUGGCACAUCCUCCUGGCCGCCUUCCUCCCCGACUGGGCCGAUCUGACCUGUGGGCUGACCGAGGUGUGCACGACCAUGAUCUUCUCCGCCACGGUGGCCUUCGCCGCCGUUUUCACCUGUCUCACCUGCAUCGUGGACAUCCUGUGCGUCAUCUUCUCACUGGUCGCCACCGUGUGCUUCCUGAUUGACCUCAUCAUGCAGAAGAUAAAGAGGCCCAGCGGCUACAUGUCCAGCUGUAGAGGAGGUCUGCGCAUAUCCGAGGCUUUCGUCGCCUGCAUGAUCCUCACUGCUGCCACCGACCACUUUGUGAGAGGGGAAUGGUUCUACAAGCCUAUCGGGAUGAUAUUAUGCACCAUUAUCUUUGGAGUUUGCCUCCUGGUGACGGCGCUCAUCAUUGUGCUUAAUCUGCUGAAGCUGCUGCAGUGUCUGCUCGUGUUCAAGCUGAGCCUGCUGGAGUUUGUGUUCAACAUUGUGGCGGCGGUGCUCUACCUGCUGGCUCUCAUUCUUUGGACGGUUUUCGGCUACAGACGCUACAUGCACAAUCCUUACUCCUGUACCAAAUGCACAUAUGCAGACAUGAAUGCUGUUACGGUUGGAACCAGCUUGAACCUCAUUCUUUACAUCGUAGACCUGGUUUUGUCCCUAAAAGCGCUGUAGAAAAGUAAAAACCUUAAGACGUGCGGGUCCUGCAUGGCUCGAUUCAUUCGUUUACAACAUUGGCAUCUUCCAGGUACAAUAUGUGGGAGAUGAAAAAUACCUUUGGAUUAAAAUGUAAACUGUUGCCGUCUUGGUGAAAAGAUGAUCAAUAAAAGGUGAAAAAACACAGUUGAGAGGUUUGUCCUGUUUUUUAUUGGAGUCUAAAGCGUUAGCUGGCAUUUGACUAUAAGGGCAUCAAUAAACGUAGCCGUAGCUCACAGAUAAACGGUAUUCAAAUUUUUACAAAGUCUCACUUGCGUGUGAUAAAACUGAGAUGAUAAAUGCAAAUGUCAGACGUUGGG